AUGCGUUUCUACACCGUCGCUUUGUUGGCUGGCGCUACCGCCGCUGCCGCCGGUAACACCGCAACCCUCCUGCUGCCCGGCUUCAAGGGCCAGGAUCUCGAGGCUAGCAUUAUUGAAUCCAAUGGAGAUGCGACUACCUACAAGAUCACCUGCCCUAAGACCGUUGCGGCCUGUGGUAUUGCCGGCGAGGGCAUGACCGCAAUUGCUGCCCCGACCUCCAUGCAGCUGCAGAACAUCGACCUCCAGGGAACCCUUGGAACUGUUUCCUGCAACAUUGCUGGCACCACUUAUGCCUCCUGCCAGGCUUCCGCCGGCACCGUGACCCCGUCGGGAACUCUGGCCCAAGAAGAUCUGAACUGGAUGCCAGUCACUAUCUCCGCCACCCCGACCCCGACGUCGACCUCCACCCCGACCCAUACCCCCACUAGCACCAGCACUAGCACUAGCACCCCUACCCCCACCAGCACCAGCUCGGAAAUUAGCACCAGCACGACCGAGGUGAGCUCCACCUUCACCCCGACGAUCACAUCCUCGCCGACCCUGGUCAUCUCGACCACCAAGAAACCUUCUUCGGCACUCAUUUCGUCUGCCCCUGUGGCCUCCUCCACCCCUCUUGUGGUCGCGUCCACCAGCGCUGCUGCCAGCGGAAGUGCUCCUGCCGCUUCCGCCACUGCCUACAACGCCGCCGGCCAGUUGGUAGGCAGCAUUUGGACUGUUGGUGGUGCCUUCUUGGCUCUGGCCUGCGCUUUCGCGUAA